AUGAAACGCCCACACUCCUCGACCCCGGAGCCCCGCCCAGCCAAACGACAACGCCUUUCAUCUCCGACGCCAUCCCCACCACCAUCAAGAACCCCGUCAGAAACCUCCUCGCGCACACUCAGUGCACGACACACGCCAGACCCGGGAGUAGAUCUAGGGCCAGAUGGAAAUGACUGGUCCAACAUACCACUAAGCAUCGCGUGUUGCACGCCCAGCAGCGCAUAUCCCAAUUUCACUACGAGACAGAUGAUGGAGAUGGAGAGGGCUGCUGCGAUGCCUAUCCCGGACUAUGAUGACGAGGAGGAGUUACGAAAGAGGGAGGAUAUUAUGAGGGAGGACGACAGAAGGGAAGAGGAAGAGGAAAAAGAAAAAGAAGCAAUUGACAAAACACGCCGAGAGGUAAACCAGUGGUAUUACCAACAACUCGAGGAGAGGGAUACAAGGCAGUGGGUAGAAGGGGAUGAAAGCCCUAUUGUUAUAGCGAUGUGCUGUGUAGGUCCAGUGUAUGAGUGGACGCAACAGCAUGAGGACGAGAUGGAAAGAGCUUCUCGGACGCCGUUGCCGGAUGAAGAUUGGUAG